CGCCAUGGGCCGCCUGCCGCUGCUGCUGCUGGCCCUGCAGCUGCUGGCCCUGCUGCUGGCCGCGCCCGCCGCCGGGCCCCCCCGGGCCAAGGGCAACCGGACGCAGGGCGCGGCCCGCCGGCCGCCCCGGCCGCCCAAGGAGCUGAACCAGACGUCGGCCGGGCCCGGGGCCGCGGUGGGCGGCGGAGCGGCCCCGGGCCCGGCGCACGAGACGUGCUGGGGCUACUACGACGUGAGCGGGCAGUGGGACAAGGAGUUCGAGUGCAACAACAGCCAGAGCGGCUUCCGCUACUGCUGCGGCACCUGCUACUACCGCUUCUGCUGCAACAAGCGCGCCGAGAAGCUCGACCAGGGCCAGUGCCGCAACUACCAGAGCCCCGGCUGGAUCACCACGCCCGGCCUGCGCCCCGCGCCGCCCGACGGCAACCAGCCCGACAAGUACGACCCGGCCAAGGACAGCACCAACGCCACGGUCUACAUCUCCUGCGGCGCCGUGGCCUUCGUGCUGGUGGCCGGCGUCUUCGCCAAGGUGGCCUACGACAAGGCGAGGCGCCCGCCCCGGGAGAUGAACAUCCACAGGGCUCUGGCAGACAUCCUAAGGCAGCAGGGGCCAAUCCCAAUAGCACACUGUGAAAGAGAGACUAUCUCGGCCAUAGAUACCCCUCCCAAAGAAAACACACCCGUCCGAACAUCCUCCAAAAACCACUACACCCCUGUGCGCACCUCUAAAAGCAACCCAGGUCACUAUGGGAAGGAUAUUUAUCGAAGUGGAGGGCCAGAUCUCCAUAAUUUCAUCUCCUCCGGGUUUGUCACGUUAGGAAGAGGACACGUGAAGGAUGACCAAGAACAAAAUUAUAACCACCUGAUACUAAACAGUGCAACCCAGACACCUACAAAUGAAAAACCACGGAUGAACAAUAUCCUCACUUCCGCCACGGAGCCCUAUGAUCUCUCCUUUUCCAGGUCCUUCCAGAACCUCUCCCAUCUCCCGCCAUCCUACGAGGCUGCAGUCAAGACUAACCCAACUGACAAAGAAGCUGAUGAAUAUUACAUGAAAAGGAGACACCUUCCUGAUCUGGCAGCACGAGGGACCCUCCCUCUCAAUGUCAUCCAAAUGUCUCAGAAACAGACCAACCACAGAGAACGGCCCCGCCGACCCAUACGGGCUAUGUCCCAGGACAGGGUGCUGUCACCUGAGAGGGUCAUGCCCGAGGAGUUCAGCAUGUCCUAUGAACGGAUCUUCUCUGAUGAACAGCUUUUGUCCGCAGAGCGCCUCCAUUCCCAAGAUCCCCUGCUCUCCCCGGAGCGCACGGGUUUCGCAGACCAGUCCAUGUCGCGUGCAUUGUCACACACGGAUGUCUUUGUUUCUACGCCUGUCUUGGAUCGCUACAGGAUGACAAAGAUGCACUCCCAUCCCAGUGCCUCAAAUAACUUGUACAAUACCUUAUGUAUGAACCAAACUUCCGCCAAGCGCCAAGCAUUCGCCUCCCGACGGCACAACACAGUGGAACAACUGCAUUAUAUCCCAGGACACCACCACCAUUACCGCACAGCGAGCAAAACAGAGGUGACUGUUUGAUAUGACACUGUGCAUUGUAGAUAAUCAAUAAGGACUAGUGUGACCCCAGCACCCCAAACUGCAGUGGCCUUACAGGCCAAGAUAACCUCUAACUGAGUGUCCGAAAAGACUUUUCUGACAGUCACAUCUGCAUUGUUUUUAAAACCAUUCUCAUGUUGUUCACAUAAGAGGAAAAAAUGGGCAAUUGGAGAGAAUCCCCAACAUGCGCCAGUUUCUGUCAAAGAAAGCCAUAGCAGCAGGCAGCAUCUUCCAAGGGCUUAUCUGCUGUAACUCACUCGUUUUUAUGAAUUUAGGAUUUUUAAACUUCAAAUUGUGCCAAGUCUCACAGAGCCCAUAGUAUGUUUGCGGUAUCCUAGCCUGGUAGGGUGGGGCCCUGUCACCAUCUCUCACACCAGCCUUUUUGGCCAGUACUGAAUUUUUCAGUGACUACUUAUAUUGCCCUUGACUGCUAAUAGUCACAGUCAAGCAUUAGAUGCUAGAAUGUCCCCCAAGUCGCUGUUGUUCUUCCUGAUUUAAAAGUCAAAGCUUACUAGAGGACUGUCAGAUCUAGUGACACAGUUAGCCUAGCUGAUAAAUGAAGUCUUGUUUAUAUUAAAUAUACUCAUAAAACAGAAAUAUAAUAGUGCCUACAAAUUGCCUGCUCUCUCAGUGUAGGAAGUAGUGGGGUUGACGUGUCAAUAAGCACAAUUAUGCUGAAAUGCUCGUUAGGCCCUUUCUGCACUCAUCCUAAUUUCUACAGUCUGUAUAUAGAAAACGGGUGGGAUUUCAUUGAUUCAGCUUCUUGCCAACAUGAUGCCAGAGGCACCAAAACUCACCCAACAUUACAUUGCUAAAAAGCACUUUGGGUGAAACAUUGGCUCUGUUGAAAUAGUAAAACUCCCAUUGACUUCAGUGGAGCCACGAUUUUACCAUCCUAUUAACAUCUCAUCCCAAUCCAAUUCCUCAGCUGUUUCUGAGCCUAAUUAUUCCUCUCAGCGACAAUUGAGGACUCACCAUUUCAGAGGAAUGGCAAACCCUCUGCUAAAUCUGUUAGAACAGAGACAGACAGAAAAAUUUGUCUAUUAACCCAAAACUAGAUGGAUAUUUUCCAGUCAUCGUCUGAGCAGACAGUUACAUUUCAUGUGCAUAAAUUAUAUAUCCAACAUAAUUAUACUAAAUGGGCAUGUUGUAUAUCUGAUGUAUAAUGCUAAUUAGAUACAGAGUAUUUGUAAAUUCUUUCAAAAAUAGACUCAUGGGUCCAAAAUUUGUGAGGUGUUUUGUAUUUCAGUCUGUAUUGACAUUCUGUAGAACUAAUUCAAACUAGGACAUACCUCUGUGCACUGGGAAGAAUCUCAGAGCUUGCGAAAGGCAGGUCAGCAUCCCAAUCCAAGUGAUGGCAUCCGUGGCCAUGUUAAUGACCCUUCAACAGUUGCUCAUUAUGUCGCAUAUUCAGUUCCCAUCACAUGAGCACAUGUUGUUUUCCCAACUGGCAGAAUGGAGCCCCCUGCCUGGAUAAGAUCAUGAAUGACUUCAGAUUUUAAAUACACAUCUUAAUAAUUGCUAAUUUAACUGGCUCAUCUCUCUGCCUCUCCCCACAAACUCAGUAACUGCCCCUCCCCUCAUAUCCCAUAAAUGGCUCCUCCUCUCUUACCCUGUAACUAGCUGUCUUUGCCCCUUCCCCCACAUUCCCCUUAAAUGGCCCCUCUCCUACUCACUUUAACUAGUCCCUUUCUCUGCCCCUCCGCCACAUACCCUGUAACUGGCCCCUCCUCCACACUCCCCUUAGCGAGUCUCUCCCUCCCGCCCACACUCAUCUCACUCCUCCUAAUGCUGCUUUGGCUCCCACCCUGCAGAGCAGCAUAUGAUGUGAGAUGCUCCCAGGCUCUAUCUGGGCUCCAAUCCCAGCCCCAGGCUAAUUCUGAGGCACUCUGGGUCCCGUGGUGCCAGGCUGGCAGUGGGAAGGUGUUUUCCUUGGGUAGGCUGUUAAAGGCUGACCCUAGUGAGGAGCUUCUUCCCAUUUGACAUUAAUCAUGCUGCAAUGCUCAAGGCCCUGGCGUUGCCUGCCCCAAUCUGGGCUGUGCUUGACCCAGUCUCUAGGUCCCAGGGCUCAGUACGUUGGGAAGGGAGUCAAGCGACGAGGAGUACAGGGCUUUGUUUGACAGAAACUGUGCUGGGAUGGAACAACCAAGGGUCACCCUGGUCUAGGUGCCUGUAUUAUGUUCCCUCAGGGCUAAAACCUCUCUGGGCUGUGUGAUCAGAAUGAAUCCUCUCUCUGCUUGUAUAGCAUUCUGUCAUGGCCCCUGCAGGGGACAGAGGAACACCCACUCUGAGCAGCUCCUCACUCCUUUCGCUCCACUGAUGCUCCCCUCCCACCUCCUCAGCCCAGUCCCAGCCCCUCGGAUGUGGACACUUCUCAGAAACAGCCAUGCCCCUGAGCCUUCACCCUGAUCCCCUACGUCUUGAGGGCCAGGGCUAAUUCUGAACUGAAUGGAGCUGUUUGCAGCUGCUGCCAUCUUUGAUAGGGAGGCGCUGACCACAGAGUCUGUGGAGCUCUGCAUUAUGGACCAGGAUGUAGGCAGUCUGACCUAGUGGUCAGAGCAGGAGUCAGGACUAGUGGGUGGAGAAGGUAACCAGGUUGGAGAAAUGGGACGAGAGUCAGCACCAGAAUCAAUGGCCAGUUACCAGAGCCAGGGAUUGAAGCUGAAGGUCAGAGCCAAGGUUAGAUUCCAAAUGUUAGAGCCAAGGGUCAAGCCAAAGUCAGAGGCCAGGGAAGGGCCAAGACUGGUAACUGAUGAUUGGCGGUGAGGCGCAAGGGUAGGAACUGGAGGAGAGGCAAGAAUCAAGCACAGAGCAGGAGCAUGGUGGGAAUGGGAGCGAAGGCAGCCAUGAGGCAGGAGCGGAGCAGGAAUAGGGUUGGGUGCAGGAGGCAGGCACAAGUAGGGGCUAAUGCAGCCACAACAGGAAAUCGCCUUGCUGCUCAGACAAACUUACUGUUCCUCCUCCUGCCUUAAAUAGCAUGGUUUGACCAAUCAGUGGAGCUGGGCGAUCCACCAAACAAGGUGCCCAUGAUGGUGUCUUGGCUGAGGCUAUAUAGUCCUACUAGCUUCUUGGCCCAUCAGGUUUUGGCAGAUAUUGGGUAGAAGCCACGAUACAGCAGCUGUCUGGGAAAUCCCAGGACUUGCUUCAAGACCCAGGACAUCACACCCUGACUCCCUUCUCACUCCAGUGUAAACCAGGAGCCAUUCCACUGUAAACAGAGUGUGAGAAGAGAUACAGGCCCGGUUUCCAGCAGUCUGUGGGGAGGAGCAGGGCUCAGUGUGGGACGCUCAGACACAGGGUUAGGACGCUCAUUUCUCUUCUUCCAUGGCCAAGCACAGCUCUUUGGAUGGCUCUUUUCCCACGAGCUCCAUUCUUUGCUUCCAUUUUCAGUUCAUGAAUUUAAGGAGCUACUGGAGUAGGUGUAGCUACCAAGCCUCUUCUCCUAAGUCCUCUUCACAGAUGCUGUGUUGUGCUGCAGGCCAUUUGAUUGCAGAGCUUCACCUGUCCUGUUCCCGAAAGGUUGCUGGCCCUCUGCCAGCCUGUCCUACUUGGGCAAUAAUCUUCCAAAGAAAUUCUGGCCCCUGUCUCCGUCACCCAUGCAGCUGGGUGAAGCUGGUGUAUCCCACAGGAGUAAUCAACAGACCUUCAGUGCACACUCUCUUCAGGGAAGCAGUCACCAUCAAAGCAAGGUUUGGCAGUUUCUCUGGAGAAUGCUUCUUGCACUGGAUACUGCAUAUCUCUUCUGGACACCGCUCUGUUGUGUGACUUCCUUGUGUGGCAUGAUAGGCAGGUAACUGGCAAAGCAAUGUUCAGCACAAGCCACUGUUUGAUUGGAUUGAGUUCCUCCUUGUCCCUCUUUCUGAGGGCUUGUCACUCAGAGGAUGCAAGGUCUGGGGCUGGGAGUCACAAUGACGCUGGUGGACUAGUCCCAGCUUUGCCAGUGACUGGCAGUGCAACCUCCCUGUGCUUUGUUCAGCUCCCCUUUAGCCAAAUGAGAAGAAGAAGAAUACGGGAGUGUGGUGGGGUUAAUUCAGUAAUGUCUAUAAAGUGCACUGAGAGCUGCCAAGUACACUGCAGAAGAGCAAAGUAUUAUAAUUAGUAGUAGCAUUGUUAUUUGUUGGUUGGAAGAUGAUGUGCUACAUUACUGUGUCUGGACUGGCAAGAGUCCACAUAUGGUCACCCUAUUCAGAGGGAGAAUGUGCUGGGUGGGACAGCUUCACAGAAUAACCCACUGGUUUACUUCUCUCCUGUAACUUGUCCAUUUUCUCUCUAGCCAGCUGCAGUCCCCAUGGCAAUUCUCACACAUCCUUCAACUUCCCUGCUUCAUCCUGCCUAGGUCUAAGCCACCUUCUGACCCUCUCUUCAGGAGGAAAGCAGAGUGCAGUCCAGAUUCCUCAGUACAGUAGAUCUGACUUAUGAUGAAUCUUACCCGUCCUAGCCGUGGGUGGCCAUAAGCAUCUGCAGAGUGCCAAGUUCCCAAAAUGCAUGUGGGGAGAGAAAAGGGUAUGCAUAGUAUGCCCCGGGUUUAUAGCAUUUCCUACAAGCUGGUAUUGACUUUGCAUGCCCCAGGCAGUAUUAUACAACAGUGAGUUGCAUUGGGGAACUCCAGAAUUCAGAUUGACCCUGUAACAAUCUUGUUUCCUAAGAUCUAUAGACACAGUCUUUGAAAUAAGGAAACUAUUUUUAAUGAACACAUAUCACAUAAAAACUUCAUCAGAGCUGAUGAAAAUGUUUUCAGAUAUGUUUUAAAGGCACCAAAUUGUGUUUUAAUGAAAAAUGACCAUAUUUUCCAGUGUUUUAAUGUUCCUUUUUUAAACGACACUCUGAUUCAGGGGUGUGGAGAAGCGUGAGGUGGGAAAUGGUUACCGAGAUACAAGAUAUCCUUUCCUUGCCCAGAGUUAAUUUCUACUUACUGCUCUGCUUUCCUGACCACACGCAAUGACAGGCCUAUGAAGCUGGGCUUCACAGCUGCAGAUACAUAGUAUUAUAUCAAAACAGUCCACAUCCAAAAUGUGCAACAUGAUGAGAUUUGGGCACUGACUCUAUACAAGCAGAAUCAUCCCAGGGAAAAGGGAGAUAGUUCCCAGCAGUUGGGAAAAGUUCUUCAUAACAAACAAAGCUUCAUGAAACAGGGUAACAUUUAACUGUAAAGGAAGUAUAUGUUCUAAUUUGUGACUGAUUAGCCAUUUUCAGUUUAUGUAGCAGAGGACUAGCUCGUCUUAGUUUUAGUUUCAGAUUUAUUGUGUAUAGUUGGAAGGAGGAACUACACUGAAAGCUGGUUAAUACAUGUAGAUUUCAUGUGCUGGGGAGGUAAAACUAUGGGAAAGUUUUGAAAAGUUGGAUUAAAUAUUUUCAUUAAAAAAAAGUGUUGUUAGCAAUAAUUGUGUCCGGCUGUUUCUUAGAAAAUAGCCAUUUGUAUGUUGUAUGUUCACAAGCUGAUCAUAAAGGUGUAAUUAGCAGGCUGUCUUUAGCUGGUUUAGGCUUACAACUGAGAUAUCCUUGUUAGUUCUAAAUCUGACUGUCUAAAAAAAAAUCUACAUCUGACCUGCUGAAAGCUCAUAGGCUAGAACGGAGAUGAGAUUAUUCUGUUCCAAUAUAUUUAUGUAAAUCUGAAAGUGAUCUACUAUCUCAGUAGUUAGAGAAAUGACAUUUUGUGUCUCUUGUGUGCUCUUCACUAUGUGUGAAAAUUCUCACUGUUCGUGCCAUUCACGACAGCAGUGAAAUGUGAGAGCCAUGACAUUCUGAAGUUCUGCCCAUGUGCUUUGUAAUAGCUUCUUACAACCUUCAUUCCGUAAAUCGGUUAGAAAUUUUGUAGCAAGAAUUUUUUGGCUCUAAGAAAGACAUUUCUUACUGUAAUAUUUUUAGUUUGGGGGACAAUAUUUCCUAAGAGGGGGUUAGGUGGACAUUUUUGUGCUUUAGCCCAAUUUAUGGAUUCCGUGUUUAUUAUACAGUAGUACUGAUGAGAAAGUACAUUUGUAUCUGUAACUUUGCACAGACUCUUGGUUAACCAUUAAAUAAGCUUGAAGAUGAGCAGUAUUUGACUGUUUUUCUCUGUAUUAUUCUUGUUGUUAUACUUACCAGUAAAAGCACAUUCUAUAUGUACUGUAAACAAAAAUAUUAUCAGUUUAGUAAAAUUUAGAGUCUUAAGGAUUUUUCCACUUUUGUCAGUAACAAAUAUUUAUGGAUUCCAAAAUAAAGCAAUUUAAACAUAUCAAUUGUUUCCUUUUUUAUAUCUAUUGGGGGAGGAAAUCAAAGGCCAUUCUGUUGGCAGCUUUUGCAACCUUUGUAAGCAGAGUUUGAAAGGAGCAUAUCUCUAUUUCUGUCUGUGUGCUUAAAUACCAACUAUUAAAAUGAAUACUGUGAGGUCU